AUGGCCAGCUCGACGCCGACGAGCCCGACCGUCGCUCCGACUCGGUCCUUCACUGGCAAUGUACCGUCCCCUCCCCCUCGCAACCCCGCGUCCCCCUCGACCGAGACUGCCCCCCCCACCUCCGCUUCAGCCUUGAGCGAACCGUUGAUCCGACUCGGUACGUUCAAUCCCCACCCCCCACUCGUUCGGCUCACCUGUUCGUUCCUCGGCCAACUCUUGAUGUUCUCUUCGUCUACAACAGGCGUAGCAGCCAUGGAUCGCAAGGCCCGUUCGAGGCCGAUGCGCAACAUCCUCUCCCGCCUGCUCGCGACCCAGCGCUUCGAGAUCACCGUCUUUGGCGAUAAAGUCAUCCUCGAUGAAGGUGCGUCAGCAUAGCAACCAACCCCCCCCCCCUCUCACCUUCUUCAAAGCCCAUUCCGAUGAAAAUCUUUUACCACAGCCAUCGAGAAUUGGCCCGUGUGCGAUUUCUUGAUUUCCUUCUUCAGUGAAGGCUUCCCGAUCGAUAAAGCCAGCAAGUUUUCUUCCUCCCCCCGAACCCGAACUUUCUCUCGAGCUGAUCUCGCCCCUACUUUCAAAAACCCCCCCGCAGUUGGAUACGUUGAACUGCGCAAACCCGUCUGCGUCAACGAUCUCCCACUCCAAAAAGUGUUCUGGGACCGUCGGGUCGUCCUGCAGAUCCUGGACCGUAUCGGCGUUCCGACCCCGAAACGACUCGAGUGCAACCGCGACGGAGGACCCCAAUUGGACCGGGCGAUCGCCGAUACGAUUCAACAAAACAUCGGCGUACGCGUCGAUAAGCCGCGGCCCAGGAGCGAGGUCUUUAUGAAGGACGACGACACGAUCGUCGUCGAUGGCAAGACCAUGACCAAGCCGUUUGUCGAAAAACCCGUCAGUGGCGAGGACCACAACGUCAACAUCUACUUUGCCAAGAAGAAGGGCGGAGGAGCGAGGAGGUUAUUCAGAAAGGCAAGUCGAGAUCGGUAUAGAGGUAGCUGAUCCGCUCGUCAGUAGAAGAUGCUGAUCGCUUUGCACGUGCUUGCUCUCACAGGUCGGUAACCAAUCCUCGGCGUUUGAACCGACCUUGACCCAAGUACGCAUGGAAGGUUCCUACGUCUACGAGCAAUUCGUCGACGUCGAGAACGCCGAGGACAUCAAAGUCUACACCCUCGGACCGAACUUUGUGCAUGCCGAAACGCGCAAAUCGCCGGUCGUCGAUGGAGUCGUCAGACGCAACCCCGAGGGCAAGGAGAUUCGCUUCAUCUGUCAAUUGACCGACGCGGAGAAGAAGAUGGCGAGGGACAUCUCGGUCGCGUUCAAGCAGAACAUUUGUGGAUUCGACUUGUUGAGGGCAGGUGGUAAGAGCUACGUCAUCGACGUCAACGGCUGGAGCUUCGUCAAAGGCAACGACUUUUACUAGUGAGCCUCAAGUCUGUGUACUCUUUCUACGAAAAGCCCAAGACCAUGCGCUAACCGAGCCACCGCGGACUCGACCUUUCACCAGCGACAAGUGCGCCGAGAUCCUGUCCAAGUUCUGCGAACGCAAGAUGCCUUCCGUAUCCAAGUCCUUCACGCCGGGAACCGAAACCGCGCGCGAAAAAUCGUGGGUGCUCAAAUCGACGAUCUGCGUCGGACGUCACGGCGACCGUACGCCCAAGUGCAAACUCAAGUUCACCUUCAAGGGUUCGAACCCUUGGACCCAACCCUUCAUCACCUUGUUGCAAGGUCGAACGAACGAGAUCAUCCUUCGCGAACCGGAUCAAUUGCAAUACAUUGCUGAUGCGGCCGAGGAGGCGAGUGGUCUCGAAGGCGCGGAUAAGGAACAACUUGAGCAGUUGAGGAAGAUCAUUGAAAAGAAGAAGAAUACGAAUGGGACCAAGGCGCAGUUGAAACCGGCUUUCAAGGACGAUGGCACGUGCGAGAAGGUCGCCGUGGUCGUCAAAUGGGGAGGAGAAGUGAGUGAGCGCAUGAUUCGCCCUGAUGACCGAGGAUUCUGACCAGCAAUUUUUGGUCUUAUCAGUUCACCCAUGCCGCUCGUUACCAAGCGAGGGACAUCGCCGAGAACAUGCGCAAAGGUAAGCGGCCUAGAUCCAAUGUUCGUCAUACCGCGCGCGUUCCAGCUGAGCCACGUUCACUGUGCAGACUUUUUGAUUAUGAACAAGUCCUUGUUCGAUCACACCAACGUCUACAGUAGUUCAGAGUGAGCUGCAUUCUCGCAAGUCGGUGCAUGGACUCGUCUGACGGAGUCUCUCUCCUUUGAGCUUUCCCACAGACGUCGGGUGGUGGCGACGGCAGAGAUCUUUACUACGUAAGUACGCGCUCUUCAAUGUGCGGGGUAAUAUUAACUGUACGAACUGUUCUCGAUGUCUUAUCACAGUACCUUCAUGGACGACAAGGAAGCUACACCCGAUACCCAACGUCUCAUCAUCCGCAAGGAUCUCUUGGACGACUCGAAUGCUGCCAAGGACGAGGUGAGACACCGAACCAGACUUGGUUCCAACUCUGAAUGCGCACUAAGCGUUGUCACGGAUGGCUUGCUAAUGCAGAUGGAGAAGGUCAAGAAACGCCUCAAGAUCUUGUGCCGUCCUGGAGCGCAGGCGAGGCCCGAGUUCGCUUGGCCCUUGGCUGAUCAGACCCCGUUCGAGGUGAGUCCAAGUAUAUGCAUGGAGUCUGAAUGCGCGUCCAAUGCUCAGUCUUCGUAUGUAUUACUGUUACCAGGUGGUCAAGGAAACAAUCGAGCUGAUGCGCCAUCACCGGACGGUCAUGCAUCGCAACUGGGAGUCGUUGGCGGUCGAGAAGAUUCAGAUCCGCUGGUGCUGCGGAGAGUACCCGUACUUGUUCCGAGGUGGGUCAUGCAAACCGACUCAUAAGCCCCGGGUUCACUUACUCAUUCACUUCAUCGAGGUAAUUCACAGAGCGAUGGGAAGCCCUCUUCGCCGACUGGUGCGACGUCGAGCUAGAGAAGUUUGACCCUUCGCGCGUAUCGGAACUAUACGACUCGCUCAAAUACGACGCCUUGCACAACCGCGUCUUCCUCGAGACCAUCUUCGGCAACGGCUCAACCCCACGCGCUUCUUCCCUCUCGCUCGAUUCCCGCUCCUCGGAAAAGGAAGACCAAUCCGGUCCUCCGAAGAAGUUGAGGGAGUUGUACAAACGCGCCAAGUUGUUGUUCGACCUGAUCGCGCCGCAGGAGUACGGUAUCGAGAAGAGUGAGAAGGAGGAGAUCGGCCUCUUGACGAGUUUACCGCUGCUGGAACAGUUGAUCAAGAACCUCAAGUCCGCGAGGGAGGAAACGCACGCUUCGGCCAAUUUUUACUUUACAAAGGAGUCGCAUAUGUGAGGAUUUCGAAAAAUAACAUGCUGCUUUGUAAGGAAACCUCUGGGUGCUGACGUUGUGUAUGGAUGCGCUCUGGUCAUUGCAGCCACACGCUGGUCAACUUGGUCACGCUUUCCGAGCUGCCCAUCGUGAUGCCUCAAGUACCCGAACUGGAUUACAUGUCGUAUAUCGCGUACGUACCUUCACAAUCCACAAACCCAAGAUUUCUCAACUGACCGCUUCUACACUUGUCUCCCCUACAGUUUCGAAGUGUACGAACGUACGAAAGGUCAGACGAAGGAACUCUCCGUACGAGUGUCCCUAUCCGAAGGCGCGCAUUCGGCCGUGCUCGACGCAAGCCUGGACGCCAAACAUGCGCUCCAAGUCCAACCCCGUAGGGCCUUGACGGAUUAUUUGGAUUUGGACGUCGCGAUCGAGACGUUGGGUAGACAUUCGGCCAAGGCCGAGGCGAAACAGAUUAAGAAAUCGACGACCAAGUUGGAGGGGUCAGUAGUGCCCAAAAACAAAGGGGUCCUUCAUUCUUGGAACGAGAGUAGGAACGGGAACGGAGAACUGAUGAUGCGCUCUUCUUCUUAUUGUUUCGUGCCUGCACAGCUUGUUGCCCAUCGAAGGUGACGAGAUCUUCAAAGGCGCUCAACGCCAAUUGGAGGAGAUUCGCGAGUUCAAGCCUAACCGACCGGGAUCGCUGUAUAGCGCCGGGUCCGAGAGGGGCGAGUAG